CCCCCCCCAAUGUAGAAAAUAAUCUCUGCGAGGAAGAAGAGGAGAGAAGCUUCACCCUAAACUCCGAUCCGGGGGAGAGAGAGGGAGGGAAGGAACGCGGGCUCGAACAACUUCCUACUCGGCUGCCAGCAGCAAACGCUGAAAAAAAAAACCCAACCCUUUAACUGCCGCCAACGUGGAGCUUAAUUUCUGUCCUCUGGAAACAGCGGCGGCGGCAUGGAGGAAGCGAUGAAUGGUCAGAAAGGGGCGGUGGCUGACUCUUUGCCCUCCCCAGGCGGUUGCCGUGCCGGGGUUUCUGCCUGUUAGUUCGCGUCUCGUCCCUGAGUUCUCCCAGCGGCUGCGGGAGGGGUGAAAGAAAAGGCUUGCGGAGGACUCCUCGGAGAAAGGGGGAGAGAGGAGAGCAGCGCGGCUCCUCCGCUUCCCUCCACCGGGGGCUUUCAUUUUAUUUUUUGGCGGGCGGCUUAGGAGACUUUCUGCCAUGACUACAUAGAGAGGCGUUGAGUGAGCGCGCAUUCCCGAGCUGCCACCGCCGCCGUCGCUUCUGGGCACCAUGAAGGGACUGGCGCAGGUUUUUUUCCUGGUUCUGCUAUACCUCGGCAAGGUAAAAGCCACUGCUGCAUGUAAACCUGAAUGCAGUUCCUUAAAAAAUAUAACAGUAACAAAUACAACAAUAAGUGUCCAGUUAAACAACAACUUUACAAUAACAAAUGUAACUUUUCAAAAUAAAACAGAUGUGGGUCUUUUUAAGAAUGAUUUAAUAUCUGAACUUUAUCCUGGUUUUCUGUAUAUUGUCCAUUUCAAUAAUACUGAGGAAAGUUGCUGCAAACAUAUUUUUACAAAACCCAGUCCAGUUUCUAGCAUCCACGUUAACCAUCUCAAUUCCACAUCAAUAAUUCUGACUUGGAAGAAUGAAGAUGAAAAUGCUUUGACCUAUAUUUACAAAAUACUUAACAAAGGACCUGGUUUUGUUAAUGAUACAUUUUCUGAUACUGGAAAUAUAACAGUCAGUAAUUUGCAACCUGGAACAUUAUAUAGCUUUGAAAUAGCGGCACAAAUAAAUGGGAGCAGUAUAACAGGAGACACACAAGAAAUAAGUCUUUAUACAAAGCCCAGUCCAGUAUAUGAUAUUAAAGCCGAAAACAUCACUACUACAUCUCUGGAUUUAAAAUGGAAAAAUAAUGAUAAUAAUUCAUUAAGUUACACAUAUCGAAUACAUAUUGAUGAAUCUGGUCUUUUUUAUAAUAAAACUUCUGAUACUACCCAUGUAUCAAUUACUCACUUGAAACCUGGAACAUUAUACAGGUUUGAAAUAUAUGCACAACUCGAUAAUAAUACCGAAGGAGAUCCAAGUAGAAUAAAUGUUUAUACAAAACCGAGUGCUGUCUAUGAUAUUAAAGCCGAAAAGAUCACACAAACGUCUCUGAAUUUAACAUGGAAAAAUAAUGAUACAAAUUCAUUAAAUUAUACUUAUCGAAUACGUAUUGAUGGACCGGAUCAUUCUGAUAAUAAAACUUCUAAUACAACCUUUUUAUUAAUUCAUGACUUGAAACCUGGAACUUUAUACAGGCUUGAAAUAUAUGCACAGGUCAAUGGUAGUCAAACCGAAGGAGAUUCAGAAGGAACAAAUGUUUAUACAAGACCCAGUCCAGUGUAUGAUAUUAAAUUUGAAAAUGUCACCACCACAACUCUGGAUAUAAAGUGGAAAAAUAAUGAUACAAAUGCAUUUAAUUAUACUUAUCAAAUAUACAUUAAUGGAACUGAUUAUUUUAACCAUAAAUCUUCUAAUACUUCAUAUGUGAAAGUUGAUGGCUUGGAACCGGGGAUAUUAUACAAAUUUGAAAUAUAUGCAGAAAUUAAUGGCAGUAGGGGAGAUCCAAAGGUUGCAAGUGUUUAUACAAGACCCAGUCCAGUGUAUGAUAUUAAAUUUGAAAAUGUCACCACCACAACUCUGGAUAUAAAGUGGAAAAAUAAUGAUACAAAUGCAUUUAAUUAUACUUAUCAAAUAUACAUUAAUGGAACUGAUUAUUUUAACCAUAAAUCUUCUAAUACUUCAUAUUUGAAAGUUGAUGGCUUGGAACCGGGGAUAUUAUACAAAUUUGAAAUAUAUGCAGAAAUUAAUGGCAGUAGGGGAGAUCCAAAGGUUGCAAGUGUUUAUACAAAGCCCAGUCCAGUUUAUGAUAUUAAAACUGAAAACAUCACUACUACCUCCCUGGAUUUAAGUUGGGAAAAUAAUGAUACAAAGGCAUCAAAUUACACUUACCAAAUACGUAUUGAUGGGCCUUCUUCUUUUAGCUUGUUUUCUAAUAGUAGAUAUGUGUCAAUUUCUCCCUUGGAACCUGGAAGAUUGUAUAAGUUUGAAAUAUUUGCACAAGUCGAUGGCAAUAACACUGAAGGAGACCCAAAUGGAACAAAAGCUUAUACAAAACCUAGCUCAGUCUUCAACAUCACAGUUAAAGAUGUCAGUACAACCACAGUCAACAUAUCAUGGGAAAGUCCUGAUGCAGCUGCUUCUACAUACUCUUAUAGGAUACUCAUCAAUGGAACAAUUGAUGAGACUAAUAAAACAUCCCCAACUACUAACACUGAAAUUUCAGAGCUAAAUCCUGGUACUAAUUAUAAAUUCAGCAUAUAUUCCAUAGCAGCAGAUAACAAGACUGAAGGGAUACCCGAGAACAUAAUUCAUUGUACAAAUCCAGCAUCAGUGGAUAGAUUUGAUUGUAAUCUGGUAGAAAAAAAGCCACAAUUAAGUCUAAACUGGAGCACUCCAAAAGGAAGUUAUAAAGGCUUCAGAAUUUAUGUCCUAAACAAUCCUUGGAACCAGACUUUGGAGGGAAAAUAUGAAACCAUUGUCACAGGCCUGGAUUACUUUACCGUGUAUACCAUUAGAAUUGUCACCCUUUCAUGUAAGAAAACGAGUGUUCCUCAGGAAAAAACAUGCCGCACAAGUAUCACAGAUCCCCCACCUUUGGUCAUGUCCCCUACCGUGAAGGCAACCAAUCACAACUCUUUCAGUGUUCAGUUCAACAGUUUUAGUUCAAGUCAUGGACCUAUAACAGCAUAUGCAGUCGUCAUUACCACGUCAAAAGAUACACCCUCAAAUGAGGAUUUAAAGUACACAUAUGAUGAUUUCAGGAGAAAAAUAACAAAUACUUAUGUUGCAUAUAUCAUAAGUGAAGAAAAGCGUUCAUCUUUUUCUACCAAAAAUCAGGAUUAUGUUGUUGAAAUAGGAGAUGAAUCUGUAUCAUAUGGUUAUCUUAAUGGAAAAUUAGAUCCACUUGGGUCAUACGGGGCAUGUGUUGCUGCUUUUACUAGAAUUACAUUUUUGAAUGAGAGCAUUGUCAAUGCAGAGAAGAGUUAUGUCUCAUUUUCUCAUCUUUCACCGUUUGUUGACUUACCUCAGAAUCCAGCUGUCAUCACAGGAGCUGUUGUCGGAAGCAUUUUGAUUGUGUUAGUUAUUGUUGCAAUUGUUGGAUUCAUCUUCUGGAAAAACAAAAGGAAAGGUAGAAAUAACGAAGUGCCAUUUACUCAAAUUGAACCUAAAAAAUCAAAGUUACUUAAAGUUGAAAAUUACGAAUCUUAUUUUAAGAAACAGAAAGCCGACUCAAACUGUGGGUUUGCUGAAGAAUAUGAGGAUCUCAGGCCAGUUGGAGCUAAUCAGCCUAAAUUUGCUGCAGAAUUGUCAGAAAACAAAGGAAAAAAUAGAUACAACAAUGUUUUGCCUUAUGAUAUUUCUCGUGUUAAACUUUCAGUUCAAAAUCAUCCAACUGAUGAUUACAUUAAUGCAAAUUAUAUGCCGGGAUAUAACUCCAAGAAAGAGUUUAUUGCAGCACAAGGCCCUUUGCCUAACACUGUGCAAGAUUUCUGGCGCAUGAUCUGGGAGAAGAAGAUUUACACAGUUGUUAUGUUGACUAAAUGCAUUGAACAAGGCCGGACAAAAUGUGAAGAGUAUUGGCCAAACAAACAAUCCAAGAACUAUGGGGAUAUAAUGGUGGCCAUGACUUCAGAAAUUUUCUUACCCGAGUGGACAAUAAGAGAUUUCUCCAUAGAGCAAAGUGAUUCACCGGAAAGUCAUCCUGUGCGUCAGUUUCACUUCACUGCCUGGCCUGAUCAUGGGGUUCCAGAAACCACUGACCUCCUCAUCAGCUUCAGGCACUUGGUACACGAAUUCAUGAGGCAGAAGCCAUCAACUUCUCCAACCUUAGUUCACUGCAGCGCUGGUGUUGGGAGGACAGGAACUUUCAUUGCAAUUGACCGUUUGAUACAACAGAUGGAGAUGGAGAACACGGUUGAUGUAUAUGGCAGCGUUUACGAUCUGCGAAUGCACCGAUCUUUAAUGGUACAAACAGAGGACCAAUAUGUCUUCCUAAACCACUGUGUUAUGGAUAUUAUUAAAUCUAAGAAAGAAAAGAAAAUGGAUCUCAUCUAUCAGAACACAGAUGCCAUGGCAAUCUAUGAGAACUUCACACCAUCAUCACCAUAUAUUGGGAGGGCAAAUGGCUACCAUGUAUAACUAGAAAGGAAUGGUCUGCUUCCCAUUUGGGCCUUUUGCAGAGGAGAGAAAGAAAUAUGCACUGCUUUUGUAUGACUUUAUAUACAAAGACUUCAGCACCUGUUCUGAAGAUGCACAUGUUAAAUUGCCAGUGGAAACUGUGGAUUCACUAUAGUGUUAAAAGAAAAAAAAUCUAUACUGUAUUUUGCAGAUAAUUUUUGCAUUGAGGGUUGAUAAAACAAAAUAUUACUGGUGAAAUUAAUGUUGGCUGAAUAAUAAGAAUGAAAAAUAUAGACACUUUUAAAUUAUUUUUUAAACAUGUUCAUGUUCAGACUUCAUAGGAUACUGAUUCUAUUGUUCGUGUUCCAGAAAUUAAUGGUGUAUAUUGGUCACUUUAACAUUUCAAUUCCACGGUGACUUCUGAAAUUCAUUUUAUUUAAAAUGAGAACACGUAAACCUUUUAUAAAUAGGAUAUUUUAUUAUGUAAUUGUGCCUUUCUAUUUUGCUAAAGACAAAAUAAUCAGAGAUCUAUAUUUUUGUAUUGAAAUUCUCAGAUGCUGUCUAACAUUUGAAUAUGAUUAUUUUCAUUUUUUUAAAUCUGGAAUACCUAUGCUUAUUCCUUCCUUCUGGAAGUGGCAACCAUUCAUUUAUAUGAUACUUUAGCCUGAGGAAGGUUUAUUGCAGAAUUCAUUUGCUUGAUCUUGUGAGCACAAUAACUAUCAUAUUUUGGUUUCAUAAUAAGGACAAGGUUUUCUUAUAUGGGUAAAUUAAAAUUUAUCCAAUUUUAUUUUCAUGCAUUGAAAAUAUUUCCCACUUUUGAUGAAAGUAAUCAUUCCAUACCCUUUGAAGAUCCUGUUGUUCUGUUUCUCUGUACCAUUUUCUUCUUUGACCUCAGUCUUAGGUGUCCUUAAUAUCUUUUCACUGCAAUGUGUAUAAUGAUUCGAGAUCUCAUUUAUUGUCAUAAUUUGUAUGUGCAGCAAUACGUAUGAAUAGCUGUUGUUGAUCACAUUGACAAUAGUAUGGACACCGCAAAAAAAAAAAAGGUAUCGAGAAAUAGCAGUUGUUUAUGAAACAAAAGGAAGUCAAGCUCUUACUUUGUGAAAAUAUCCUAAUUUCUAAGUAAAAAAAUAAGGGAUGUCCAAGUAGCCAUUGAUACUUGUGACCUCAGGUUUAACUAUUGGGGGUAUGCAACUAAUAAUGCAAAGAUGGAGAGGGUGUGUGAAUGGAUUGGCGACUUUAAUUUCUUAUCAAUUCAAUGGUUUUACCAAGUUUUUUCAGUUCAUAGUUCUUCAGGGUAAGGAUUUUAAGUAAUACAUAUCUCCAGUGAUCAGUGCUUCAAGGAUGUUCUCGACUUAAUGACCACAAUUGAACCAGAACUUCUAUUGCUAAAUGAUGCAGUAUUGAGUUUUGCCUGAUUUUUGACAUUUUGGCCUCCGUUGUUAAAUGGAUCACCAUAGUUGCUAAGCAAAAUCUGGUUCUCUUAUUGAUUUUGCUUAUUAUAAGUCCCCUGGGGGGCUUAUAAUUGCAAUUGUGUAAGCCUGUAUCCAUUGUAAGUACAUAUUACUUGCCAAGUGCCCGAAUUUUAAUCAUGAUCAUAGGGACAUUGCAAGGAAAGUGCAAUGAACUUUUUUCAGUGUUCUCGUAAUUUUGCAUGGUCAUUAAACAAUGACAUUAAACUAGUAGUUAUAAGUCAAGGACUGCCUGUGGUCCUUGAUUUAUGACUGGUUGCUUAGUGACCAUUCAAAGUUACCACAGAACUUCCAAAAACUAAUCAUUUUGAUUUCAAAGUUAUCAUAGAUACAAACCACCAUCACCACCUUCCUCCACUGCCACAGUCCCAUGAUUGCACUUUGGACACUUGGCAAUGCACUCACCUUUAUUGUUUUUGCUCCUAUUUUCAACAUUUUUGUCAGUUUCUGGUGUUCGCUUCUGAUUUCCAGCAAAAGACGCCCAUUGUCAGGCAGAAAAGAUUGAGACCACACAUAAAGUUCCAGUUAAACUGAUUACUAGUCAUGCCUGUGCACAGGAAGGUACUCAACUAACGGUUAGCACUACCUUGGCUUUAGGUAGGGGGGAAUGAAAUUCAAGAAGGGUUGGAUUUAGUCCAUUUGUGACUAUGUAGAGACUCUAGGCUGAUUCCUCUUUUGACUCUGUCCCCCAGGUUCUUUCACUCCUUCCCCUACACCCAUUGGGUAAAAUAGAUUUUCUUAACGAUCAUGGCAUUCACUUAGCUGCCACAAAAAAAGUCAUAAAAUUAGGUCCAGUCAGGUGAUCACCUAUUUAAUGACUGCAACAAUUUAGGACUGUAAUUUUUGGCUCAAUUAUGGUCAUAAGUCGAGCACUCUUCCAUAUCAGAGAUGGAGUUUAUGGGACCUGAGAAUAUAACAUCAACGGCUUCCUGCUUGACCAUGAUAGUUCAAGUGUCUCAAUCAUGGCAUCUUACUCAGGUCUUCCAAAAGAUUUUUAACAUUUUCCUAGUUUAAAAAGUAGCUUUCCAAUGUGCCUAGCACAACUCCUUUUUACCUACUUGAUUUUAAUUUAAGAGGCUUUAUUUGUUUAUCACGGGGGGGGGGGGGGGGAUAGUUUACAUUCAGAUUUUAUACCUGGCUCCCAUCUCUUCACCAUUACACAGCUUACAUUCAGUAGCAAAAUGGCCAAUUUUCAGCAUCACUUGCUGAAACUAGUGAAAGUAUAAACAGAAGGUAUCUGGGAGAUAGCCUUCUCCAUUUCAUCUCCUGACAUGUUUGCAAAUGAUCUGAAAUUUGACCCUUUGCUCUCAAGUUUCAUUAGAGGAGAAUUUGAAAAGUUUCCAAUGAGAGGAAAAGAAUUGUUCGCCCCCUCAUAGGCUUCUACACUUCUCAAAGAGGCCAAAUUUGAGUUGCAUCCUUCUCUCGCUGCCCCUAAGGCAAAAUAAACCUUCUAUUCUUUUGAUUUUCAUGAAGUUACUUCAGAAAGGCAA